AUGGCCGACAUCAACGGAAAGGGGCCGGCGGAUGGCCCCGCCACCGAUCUCCCCACCGACGCCGACAAGCGGCCCGCCUCCAUUACCUCCGCUCCGACGGAAUCGUCGCCGGACCACCUACCGAAGAAGCAGCCUAUGUCUGGCGCUGAUGUCGCUCUGGAGCUUCUCAACGAGACCGGCCCUCUGGGCCACGCCGUCGAUCCAGAGCUCAAUCGCAGGCUCAAGCGCCGCAUAGACACUCACAUCAUGCCGCUCAUCUGCAUUGUGUACUUCCUCCAAUACAUCGACAAGACCGCCAUUUCCUACGCCAGCGUUACUGGCAUUCAACAAGACACCGGCCUUCACGGCAACCAGUUUAACUGGGUCGCAUCCAUCUUCUUCUUCGGUCAAUUGGCUUUCGAGUUCCCGACGAUCCGUCUCAUUCAGAUGUUUCCUUUGGCCAAAUACACAUCAAUCAACAUCAUGCUUUGGGGUCUGGUUCUCGCGUGCCUUGCUGCGUGCAAGAGUUACGCCGGUCUGCUCGUCUGUCGCCUUCUCCUCGGAGUGUUUGAAGCUGCCGUGGUACCUGCGUGGGUCCUAUUUACCUCGCAAUGGUACACGAAAUAA